GGAAGGAGGCGGGUGAACAGGAUGGGCAGAAAGGAUGGGGCGGUAUAAAGCAGCAGUCCGGGCAGGCAGGUAGGGGAUACCUUUCAGGCCACAUACAACAGGCGAGCAACAGGCACAGGUACGAGUGACCUACAGCAUCAAGAAAAUAGAUGCCAAUGCUGUUUAAUAAUGCAAGGCUUUCACGCUAACGCACCGUGCAGGAUAAUCGGCGAAAGUGAAAGAUUUCUAAGGAAACUCUCGGAUGUCACAGCAAUACUGUGCAGCCAGUGAACCGUGUCAGAACCAGGCAGCGUGGAGCCUGGGGAGCUGCGGGCCCUAAUUCUGGGGGCAAUCGUGAGCGAAUUGUUCCAAAACGUGUACCAAACACGCUCAAUCCAUAGAGCGACACGUAGGAUCAUCUCCUGAUGUUACCAGGUCACUGGAGCGUCAUGCAAUUCUAGGGAACUCUGGUAAAACUGCCACCGUCACCUCGGCCGAUUCAGCCUCGGAUCGGCCAGUCAGAAGGAGGAGCCUUCGAUCAAUGCAUUUCCUGCUAACUUGACUUUCUUCAUGUAGGCUUUCAUGCAAGUUUCAGCGCUUGCUGCAUUUCUGCUGGGAACAAACCUAAAAAAAAAAACCUUCCUGGAGCAUGAUUGCUUUAGCAUGUCAUGCUAUUUGUGAAGUCGAGCCCUGGGGGCAGGUGUCCUUUUAGAGGGGCAUUCAGACGUGCAAAUGGCACAAAAUGAUGAUUCCCGGAAGACGGGCGGCAGCUAGCUAACCCAUAUUCUUCUGGUUUUUCUGGUCCGUCCAGGUCUUUCCAUGGUACAGCGUCCUGCUGUCGGCUUUGACAGUGACUUCGAAGCCACACGACAACUAUAUCUCCACCCGUAUCAAAAAUCUCCCAGGACAGGAGAGGAAGCAGGCAAGAAGCAGAAGGUCCCCCACAUCCGAGCCAGGAGACAUGAGUACCACAAUGGAGCGCAAGCCUAAGCGGCCCCAUUUCAUCCCCCGGCCACCAGGAAAGCCCUACAAGUACCACUGCUUCCAGUGUCCGUUCACCUGCAACGAGAAGUCCCACCUCUUCAACCACAUGAAGUACGACCUCUGCAAGAACUCCAUCUCCUUGAUGUCUUUGCAGGCCCAGCCUGCAAACCGGGACCCCAUCCCCAGCCAGAUACCGCCCCCCGACACCCCUGUCCCCCUGACCCACACGGAGGUCACAGACCAGGCCGGAGGUCCGGACGACGGGCCGGACCAAAAGGACGAAGCACAUCCAUUGUCCCAAGAAACGUCGACCGGACGCCUGGCAGAAUCACGGUCACACGGAAGUUCCGCUGCGAAGAGGGAGCCCCUGGCUGACGCCUCAGCCUUCUCGCUCAUCGCUGCUGAGGAUGACACGUCGAUGUCAAAGAAACCUGAAGCCUCCACUCCAAUCCGGGGGUCCUUUCCCGACUACAGUGUAGACCGUGGCCCGGCUUUACCACUGGCCAUGCCCGUCUCCAGAAACGAAGUGCUCGACUACUCCGCCAUUGCACCAGGCCACCUCCUGUACCCCACCCCCCAGCCCCCAGGAAUCUGCACAGAUUACGAAAGGGCAAUGCAGAUCCACCUAUACUUCCUGGGUCCCCAGAGGGCCAUGCAGCCUCAGCUGCUCUUCCCCGAGUACUCCUCUCUGCCACUGCCGGAGUACUACUACCCCCACUACCCACCCUUCCACUUAGCCCCGCCUCCUCACUACCGGCCAUCUCUCGCUCCCAACCGCAUCUCGAAAGACCCUUCUAUGGAGUUCCCUGGCCACCGCCUGGAUAACCGGGAGCAUGAGCUUUAUUCAUACAAUUAUACCCAAGGUGACCACAGCAAGGAGCCCUUUCUGGGGCCGUGGUGUGCAGUUCAGCCCAGGGAGCAGAGGUCAGGGAUGAGCCCAAGGGCUGGGAGUGCGGCAUCCUGUUCACCAGACCGACCGGUUACAGCCAAGCUCCCCAGGAUGACGGUUGACAAACACGGACCUUAUCAGCCUUACCAAUCGGAGGGAAGGUUGCCCAUCCCACAGCCAAUCAGAGGACAAGUAAGCAAUCUGAGCCCGAUACAGGAAACAAGGAUCUCAGAAGAGAGAGAACCCAACUCCACAUUGAAGGAGGACGAUAUGCCUCUGACUCCACUAAACCUCUCUAAGAAGGACCGAAAGAACCAGGGGUCUGUGUCAAAUCUCCUCACCAGCAGAGGGAGCUCUCCAUACUGGGAGAACAUCCCUCUUAACCUGUCCGUCAAGUCGCCCACCUCCGGCCCGGCUACUCCCCCCCAUGUGAACUGGCCCACAUUCACCCCCCCUAGCUUGACCGAGGAGAAGAAGCAGACAGCCGCCAUCGCCCUCUGCCAGCUGGCUGCCGCUGAUGGCUUUCCAGCCAGCAUGGGGCUCGCAGAGGGCACCAAAAACAAGCUGGCAGCGUGCCUGGCCCAGGCCAAAGGUCAGAAGAGGACGCGACGCAAAAGGACAAAAGCAGCCAGCGAGGGCAGCCAAGGCUGAAGAGGCAAACCGAACCCUAAAGAGGCUUCGCCGAACCUGAGCGAGAGAGAACAGGGCCUUCUGCCUCAAGGGAAACUGUGAAACAGGACUCAAUGAACUCAGUGCAAGAUUCUGUAUUAUACAUACCCACCAAAACAGCUCUAAAGGGGGAAACGCUUGUGUUAAAUAUGAGUAACCAUAAGAUGGAUGGAUGCAUGGAUGGAUGGAUGGAUGGAAAUCCUUUACCUAGGCUGCCAUAUAUUUUGUACGUGUUCCAAAAAUCUCAGUAAUGAAGAAGUCACGCUCUGCAGGUCGUGUGUCACAUACUGAACAUUUGCAGUUAAGUCUAAUUUGCUGCUGUAAACAACCAGGAUAGACACACAAGGAAGGACAUGUAAAGAUAUGCAGGUUUAAAGAGGCAGCAGUCGAUUCAUUAUUAUGCAUUGCAUUAUGAUCUUGUUAUAAAGAAAGAUUUAUGUCCAUUA